AUGGAAACCACAAACCUCACUCACUUCACUCGAAAAACAACCCUCACAAUGGAGAAGGGAAGGUUGAUACGUCUCGAUGAUCGUUGGGUCUCCAUUGCAAUAGACAAUCUGGACUCUUUUGGGGAUGUUGGGUACCUGGACUUCAAGUUUCUCGAUCAGGUCUUACCCCACUGCUCCAAAGACCAGUUGAUUCACAUCGAAAAGAGCACAAAAGGCACAGACCUGACUCCGAUCACCGAUAAGCUUUGGAAGAAGUUCUUUGAGAGAGACUUCGGUAGCAAAGCCACUGAUGAGGUGAUCGAGGAGAUGAAGAUCAGGAAAGUGAGUUCCAAGUGGUCGGAGUUGUAUCAGGCCAAGUCGAAAAGGGUGGAAGAGGCUGAGAAAGAAGUAAGUGAAAGGCUGAAGAAGCUGUAUGAGAAAGAAGCCGCCCGUAAACAAAGCCGGCAAGUGAGGGUUUUGGACAAGGCUCCUCCUUCUUCGUCAGGCAAUAAAAGGAUUGGCCCCAACAAAGGGAGCAAACUGAUGAACAAAGUGAGGAAAGAGUAUCUGAAUUCUCUGGAGGUGAGAAAUCUUGAAGCUAUGAAGAUGAAGAGAACUGCUGCCAAGUAUUCUAGUAUGAGCAAAAAGCCAAGAACGACUAUUCAAGCUAUGAACGUCUUUUGA